AUGGACGACGGGGGAGAGAGAACCUUGCGCCCACGGCAUUAUGGAAGUGGUGGCUUUGGAGCAGCAAUUGGCUGGCUCUCGAUGUACGGAGGGGAGGAGGAUUCCUUUCGGAAGUUUUCGAUUAAGCGCGCUAAGAAUUUCAAGAGCUGUAAUAUCCAAUCGAAACAAGCGAAGCAAGCGAAGCAAGCGAAGCGACAACGGCAGCCCGGUGGCUCUGCAUCUCACAAAAUUAGAGAUACUCCGUACUCGUACUCCGUAGAUUGGGCCAAAUUGGGGCGUGGUUGUGGGGAACCGGAAUUGUACAGUACAUACCGUAUUUGUCAUGUGGCUGUGGAGUCCUCCCCCAAGGUCGGAGGAAAUCUCUCUCUGCAGCAGAGUAACUUCCCAGGGACUGGCCACGCGCAAAAGGGUCGAUUCGACGGCUCCAGGGCUCCAGGGCUCCAGGGCUCCACCGCCCAAGCACCGCCCAGAAACCCUAGGAACAACCCUGGAGCUAAUUUCGACGAGUCGAGAACAGCGGACAGUGCAGCCUUUGUCCAUACUCUGAUUAACUCCUUCUCGUGUAAAUCACCCAUUACGGAGGUUUUCUAUGCAGGCUGGGAUGUGCUGCACGUUGUUCGGCGCAUGAAAGGGGAUCAGCAGCGAUCGCCCGGCAAACAAGACGAUCCUCAUGGGCGGUGCAUCGACUCGGCAUGCUGCUAUCCCCCAGGUUGGUACUCCGUACUCUGGAAGCCGUCCAGAUUACCGAUUCCUCCGUCCCUGGUUAGCAAAAGGUCUCGCCAUCUCCAAAAGGGGAAUGGGGAAUGGGGAAAGGGGGAAACAGGGGGAAACUUGGGCAACGGUCGGGGAAACAGCCGUACCGGUACCUCUGUUGACGGUCGUUACAGGCGGGCCAAGCAGGGGCAGCUCCUGCCAGUUAGCCGACCUCGUCUGGCGCUAGGCCGUGUUGGGACUAGUACCCGGGGGGCCAGCACGGCCUUUAAAGAGCCGCAGAUUCCCCCCGGAGUUGAGGCCACGGAUUCGAGGAAUUCCUCCCAGGGCGACAGCGAUACGAGGCGACAGCGAGGCCCGACCGAGCGGUCGAUAUCAUAUAAAUACAGGCAACAUUCGACACAACAGCCAAUAGCCAGCAGGCAGCACCUUACCCAGCCUUCGUCUAGGUCAGGGCGAGACAGCACAGCAGGCCAAAACAGGAGCGAGAAAAGGACAAUGCCACCGUGGCCCUAA